AUGGCCAGCUCCUCCGGCGACCUCACCAACGGCGGCGGCGCCACCGCCAGCGCCCCGACGACGACGACGACGAAGCCUCUGACCAUGUUCUACAACGGCGGCGUCGCCGUGUUCCAUCUCCCGCAAGAUAAGGCGGAGGCUCUCAUGAAGAUGGCGGCGGGUGAUGAGGACGGCGGAGACGACGGCCGCCGCCACCGGCGGCCAAACCACGGCGAGGAGUUGCUCGCCAAGUUGAGACAAGAGACGAUGCCCAUGGCAAGCAAGAGAUCUUUGCAGCGCUUCUUCCAGAAGCGCAAGGAGAGUAGUGCAAUUGUAUAA